GCGAAAUCUGCUCCCGUCGGGGCUGUGCGGAAUCGUCCCACAGCCGCUCUUCGGGGUGUGCAGCCUCAGGGCCUUCCCCGCCAAGCUCAGCAGCCGGAGGCCGGCCUGGCCUGGCGUCUUCCCGCCGUGGGGCCGGAAGGGGCGGUGUGGUAGGGGACUCGGGGCCCAGAGGAAAGACAACUCCCUCCGGGCGUGGGGCUUAAGGCGGGCCGACCCGCUCGGGGCGUGUGCGGACUGGAGAGGGGAGUAACGCCCUCUGGGUGGAAAGGUAUGAGGAGGGUCUCCUCUUGACUAGUGGAAACCGGCCCUCUAGGUAUCGGGGAGUAGGUGGAGACGACCCUUUAAGUGCGUUUUCCUAGGUUGGGGGUGGACUUACCAUUUCACGUUGAUAGGGCCGCUACUGGGCAAAGGAGCCCCCCCUUUCUGCGUAGCCCUCACACCCCUUCUACCUCCCAAAUUCGACCUUCUCAGGACUGCCCACUCCCACGAGAUAACGUCGAGAAGGAAGGUAUGACCUCCGGGCUUCCGACGGCCUGGUUCCGUGAACCAGUGACCUUUGAAGAUGUGACCCUGGGUUUUACUUCAGAGGAAUGGGGACUGCUGGACCUCGAACAGAAGUCCCUGUACAGGGAGGUGAUGCUGGAGAACUACAGGAACCUGGUCUCAGUGGAACAUCAGCUUUCCAAGCCAGAUGUGGUAUCUCAGUUAGAGGAGGAGGAAGCGCUCUGGUCGGUGGAGAGAGGAAUUCCUCAAGACACCUUUUCAGAGUAUCCUGCAGCUCAGCUGGACCCUCAAUUGGAUCCUCUUCCUGCUGGGAAUCCCCUGAUGAAGAUCAAAGUCGUUGAAGUCCUCACACUGAACCAAGAGAUAGCUCGUCCCCGAAACGCCCAGAUCCGGGCCCUCUAUGCUGAAGAUGAGGGCCUGAGCCCAGAUGUGCUCGGGGAGCCCACUCAACAGCUAGGCAAGCAUCCGGCUGACCCUGAAGCUGCGCACCAGAGGUUCCGGGGCUUUUGCUUUGAGGAAGUGGCGGGUCCCCGAGAGGCCCUGGCCCGGCUCCGGGAGCUGUGCCGCCAGUGGCUGCGGCCCGAGGCGCACUCCAAGGAGCAGAUGCUGGAGCUGCUGGUGCUGGAGCAGUUCCUGGGUGCACUGCCCAGGAAGCUCCGGAUGUGGGUGGAGUCGCAGCACCCAGAGGACUGUCAGGAGGCAGUGUCCCUGGUGGAGGAUGUAACCUGGAUAUCUGAGGAGGAAACAUUACCCGCCCAGGACCCCACCUGCUCUCUCCAGACCACAGCUCCUCAGGAAGAGGAGGAGGAGCACAUGACUACCUGGCCAGCGAAGGCACCACCUGAGGCACAGAUUGUGGCAUUACAGGAACCAGUGACCUUCCUGGAUGUGGCCGUGGACUUCAGCAAGGAAGAGUGGGGGCUGCUGGACCCGACGCAGAGGACCGAGUACCACGAUGUGAUGUUGGAAACCUUUGGACACCUGGUCUCUGUGGGGUGGGAGACUACACUGGAAAGUAAAGAGUUAACUCCAAAGUCUGACAUUCCUGAGAAAGAACCAGCCCACGACCUGAAAAUGGAAGAAUUCUCAAGGGAUGACACCUGGUCCCCUACGUCAAGAGACGUCUCACAGGGUGAGGCCCAGGAAGUCUUGGACACAGCACUGAAGCAGGUGGGGCCAACUCAGGAAGAAACCCUCCCUCAGAAAAGCUCCCCAUCCCGGGGAAACUCUAGCCUUGUCAAAAGCCAUAUCUCACUCCAGAAAACUCUCCCUAGAAAACGCUUGCGCAAGCGUGGCUCGCAGGUUAAGAAGGUGACGCGCGGUCCAUGUGUAAAAGUUCAUCAGAAGGGCCACAAAGGGGAAAAAGCCAGAGAAAAUAGUGGUUGUGGGAGAGCCUUCAGCCGGAGCGCUCAGCAGAUCACAUUCACAAGAAUCCACAAAGGGAGCCAAGUUUGCAGAUGCAGCGAAUGUGGCAAAACUUUCCGAAACCCAAGAUACUUCUCUGUACAUAAAAAAAUCCACACAGGAGAGAAGCCGUAUGUGUGUCAGGACUGUGGGAAGGCGUUCGUUCAGAGCUCCUCCCUCACACAGCAUCAGAGAGUCCACACAGGAGAGAGGCCAUUUGAGUGUCAUGAGUGUGGCCGGACCUUCAAUGACCGCUCGGCCAUCUCCCAGCACCUGCGGACUCACACCGGAGCCAAGCCCUACCAGUGCCAGGACUGCGGGAAAGCCUUCCGCCAGAGCUCCCAUCUCAUCAGGCACCAGAGAACGCACACCGGGGAGCGCCCCUACACGUGCAACAAAUGCGGAAAGGCCUUCACCCAGAGCUCACACCUCAUUGGGCAUCAGAGGACACACAGUGGGGUGAAAUGCAAGAAGAAACAGCCUACCUCAUAGCCCUCCGGCUGAGCCAGUUGAAGAGACAAUGCCUUUUCAGCCUGAUCCUGCAACGUAACACGAACAGACCUGGUUGGCAUUCAGAACUGAAUGUGAAAAGCAGCAUUGAGUGAUGAUGUUCUCAAGACCAAAGGACAACCAGGGAGACCACCCUGCACAUGAGUAAAUAAGCAAAUUGGUGGGGAGUCGUUGCUAAUGAAUAUAGGUUGGAAAAACAUUUAAUUUUUCACUCACUUGAUUUGCUAUUAUAAUUUGCAUAUUUGGUCAUUAAAAAUGAUACUAGUGAAACCUGAAAAUGCUUAUAAUGUAAGUUUGAAAAGCCAGGUACCAAAAAUUCUGUGCACUGAUAUUAUAUUUGUGGUAAAGUAUUUAUGCAUAUGGACAAGGACUAAAAGAGAACAAGGAUAAAUAAACUAUUUCUGUGAUAGAA